AAAAGGAGACAAUCGCCUCUGUAUAGACUAAAGGUUGUGAUUGAAUCUCAGUGCUGCUACAAUGUCUUCAAGUGAGCUUGCUUGUACCUAUGUCUGUUUGAUUCUCCACGAUGAUGGGAUCGCAAUCACCGCAGAGAAAAUUGCGACUUUGGUAAAAGCAGCAGGCGAGUCUGUUGAGUCUUACUGGCCUAGCCUUUUUGCAAAGCUUGCAGAGAAGAGGAACAUUGAGGACCUCAUUCUGAAUGCUGGUGCUGCUGGUGGCGGUGCUGCUCCAGUAGCUUUGUCUGCUCCUAUUGCUGGUGCUGCUCCUGCCAUCGCCCCUGUAGUUGAAGGAAAGAAGAAGGAAGAGCCAAAGGAAGAGAGCGAGGACGAGGACAUGGGAUUCAGCUUGUUUGAUUAGAUUAUUCUAGUAGUUUGUUGUCUUCUAUUCAGUUAGGCAGUUUUAAGACUUGAGUGACGACCU